ACCUACCACUCACCAAACCCGAAUACCUAACCAACAAUCAGAUUUAACACACAACAAUCACGAUUCCAAAAUCUUAAAUUCAAUCCAUACAAUCACUUUUAUAUCAAAUUAAGCACAUUUGCAAAUUACACUCAGAUUGAAAUUGAAAUUGAAAUUGAAAUUUGAUUGGAGCCGCAAAUUCUCUCUCCACCGCCGCCCGCCACCGCCGUAAAUGGCAGCUGCUGCUCCUUCCUUUUGUCCUAACCGGACUAUUUCUCUCUCCACCCCUUCGCACAACCACAAUCAGCUCACCUCGCUUCACUCUCUCCGCCGCUUUUCUGUUUCGUCUUCUUCCAUUUCUUCGCGGUGUCGUCUAUUGUUUGAUUCUAACAAUCGUAUUUUAACGCCGACGGUGAAGGCGUCGGCGGCGGCAACUCCGGUAAUGGAUCAGCCCACUUCUUCUUCUUCGAGUGCUGUACCGACGACUGUGGAUGUCGAUUUGGGUGAUCGGAGCUAUCCGAUUUAUAUCGGAUCCGGCCUUCUCAAUCAACCCGACCUGCUCCAAAGGCAUGUUCAUGGCAAGCAAGUUCUCGUGGUCACCAACAGCACAGUCGCGCCAUUGUAUCUAGAUAAAACUAUUUGGGCUUUAACAGACAAAAACCCUAACAUCAAAGUCGAGAGUGUGAUUUUGCCAGACGGGGAGCAAUUCAAGAACAUGGAAACUCUGAUGAAAGUCUUCGAUAAAGCAAUCGAGUCGAGAAUGGACCGACGGUGUACAUUUGUUGCUCUUGGUGGCGGAGUCAUCGGUGACAUGUGCGGAUAUGCCGCAGCUUCUUAUCUGCGUGGAGUUAAUUUUAUUCAGAUUCCUACAACUGUUAUGGCACAGGUUGAUUCUUCAGUCGGGGGUAAAACUGGAAUAAACCAUCCUCUCGGAAAAAAUAUGAUUGGAGCAUUCUAUCAACCACAAUGUGUGCUCAUUGACACCGACACAUUGAACACAUUACCGGAUCGAGAAUUAGCAUCGGGGCUUGCAGAAGUCAUUAAAUAUGGACUUAUUAGAGAUGCUAAAUUUUUCGAGUGGCAGGAAAAGAAUAUGCACGCCUUGCUGGCAAGGGAUCCGAAUGCGUUUGCUUAUGCUAUCAAACGCUCGUGUGAGAAUAAGGCUGAGGUGGUGUCCUUGGAUGAGAAGGAGAGUGGAUUGAGGGCAACACUAAACUUGGGUCACACUUUUGGUCAUGCAAUCGAGACUAGUUCUGGAUAUGGGCAUUGGUUUCACGGGGAGGCCGUUGCCGCUGGAACAGUAAUGGCGGUUGACAUGUCGUACAGGCUAGGCUGGAUUGACGAUUCGUUAGUAAAGCGGGUGGAUAUGAUUUUGCAGCAGGCUAAAUUACCCACGACGCCACCAGAAGCCAUGACUGUCGAAAUGUUUAAGUCUGUCAUGGCGGUUGAUAAAAAGGUUGCGGACGGUCUCCUACGGCUGAUACUCUUGAAAGGUCCACUCGGAAAUUGUGUUUUCACGGGUGAUUAUGACAGAAAGGCCCUUGAUGACACACUCCAUGCAUUUUGCAAGUCUUGAGUUUUUAAUUGUUUUUGUUUUUUUCUUAGUUAAACUUAUAUAUUUUAUGUAUGUAUUUGUUUUUUUUUUUUCGGGUUCUGUAUUCUUUUUUUUCCAAUAAUGCCGUUUGUUGUACGAUAGUGAAACGUAUUUAAUACCGUGUGGAAGUGCACACAUCUGCUGUAUUUACACAUUUCUGUCAUGUGAGAGAACUUUCACCUACUGGAUAGAGAGAGUCUCAUUAAACUAUCAAAGCAGAGACACUACUCAACAUGCAAUUUAUUCCGAGAA